UAACAAUAUUUAUAUUUUUGUGUUUAAAAUUCGCGUGGAGUGUUUUUUUCCUUUUAAUUUGCGAAUGAAUCAGUUUGACGUUGAUAGUUAGUAGAAGUUGUUGGAAUUUUUUCAAUACUUUACAGAAUAUAAAUAUAAUGGUUGCCAAUGACGAAACAUAUGAUGAGAAUAGUUCUCCGGAGUUAAACUAUAAAGAACAAUAUAAAGAAAUGAAACGAAAAUUAAGGCUUUUGAUUUAUGAAAAUGAGAUUUUCCAACAGACCCUCAACACAACUCAGAGAAAACUUUUAAAGGCAUCACGAGACAAAAGCGUUUUAUUAGAUAGACUUUUACAGUAUGAACGUGUUGAAAUGAGUAGUAGUGAUGAUGAAUUGACUGAAUCAUCUGAUGAAGGCGAAUGUAUCAAACCUGAACCAAAAAAACGUAGAGAUGGUGUAUCUAUAAAUUCAGCAUCUGGAUCAUUAAAGCAAUCAGUGAGUCCGCAAACAUCUAAUUUCAAUCAAUCAAAAAAAAGAAAACCAUCGACACUUAAAACUUCUAAAUCAAUAUCAAUGCAACCAAUUCCAUCAAGUGAUAUGUCCUCAGAAUUGAUAUCUACACCAGAAACCUCCAAACCAUCAAAUGACCAAAAAUCUAUAACUAAUUUUUCUCAUCACACAUUGCCAUCCAAAAUAUUUAAUGACAAUUUCUCUGUAAAUAGCAAAUCUAAUGGUGUAUAUGAUAUGGAUACAUCACCUAAUCAUAUUUCUGAAGAUAUUUUAAAUGUUGAUAGUAUAAUAAAAUAAAAUAAUAAACAUAAAUUAUAUCUAUUAAAUUAAUUGACAAAUGUAAAAUACGUAAAAAAAUACUUUGAUUUGCUUUAGCGUAACUUAAUAAAUUUGUACAUAUUUAUUACAUGGUCAAUUUAUACAAUGUAAAUUUAAAAUGAAAAAAUUUUGUUCAAAAUAUACUUUAGGAUUCACUUAGCAUUUGUAUAUGAUUUCUUUGUAUUAUUUUUUAUAACUUUAGCUUAGAAUAUAACCUUAUUUUAAUAUUAUUUAUUUGAAAGGCUGAGCUCACUAAUGAUGUAUGACACAAAACAGUAAAUGAGUGCAAUACAGCUUUUAAGCAUUUUUAGAAUUCACAAAGAAGCAAUAUUUGUUGCAUAACAGAACUUAAAAUUUG